AUGAAGGAAAUGUACCGGAGCUACGUGGAGAUGCUGGGACCCCCCAAAACUGCCCCGAUCCCCCCACGCUCACCUGUGCACACCCGCGCUCACCUGUGCCCCCGCGCUCCCCUGUGCACCCCCGUGCUCACCUGUGCACACCCGCGCUCACCUGUCCCCCGCGCUGCCCCGCAGGAGGCCCUGCACACCUUCCCGCAGCUGCACGCCGAGCCCGGCGAGUCCCUGGUGCGCCUGCGCCCGGGGGGCGACCCCUACAACCGCAAAACCCUCAGCAAGGUCAAGAGGAGCGUGGGCAAGCCCCAGGAGUUCAAGGUGGAGGUGGAGAAGUCGUUCCUGUACACGCUGUACCACUCCCUGCACCACUACAAGUACCACACCUUCCUGCGCUGCAAGGACGAGACGACGGCCAUCGAGGGCCGCGCCGAGGACCUGGGCCAGGAGGAGGUGGUGCAGCGCUGCAUGCGCAACCAGCCCUGGCUCGAGCGCCUCUUCGACUCCUUCAGCGACCUCCUGGCCCAGGCGCGCGCCAAGUGCGCCUGACCCCGGCGGGGACACCCCGGGGGACACCCCCGAAUGGGGACACCCCUGAAUGGGGACACCCCGGGGGACACCCCCGAAUGGGGACACCCCGGGGG